AUGAAGUUCGGUCGCAAUCUUCCGCAGUUCACUGUGCCCGAGUGGAGUGCCAAUUACAUCAAGUAUAAAGCCUUGAAGAAACUCAUCAAAGCGGCGGCCGAGCAAGUCAAGGCGGGGCAAGAGGCAGACCUGGCCGGUUUCUUCUAUUCUCUUGACCGAAACGUCGAGGACGUCGAUUACUUCUACAACAAGAAAUAUGCCGAGUAUGCCCGCCGCUUGAAGCUCUUAGAGGACCGCUAUGGUUAUUCGAUGGAAGGACAUCAUACAUUGGAUGCGGAGGACAGACACGACCUGCAUGAGGCUUUGUUGGAUCUGCGCUACCACCUUCGCCGCUUACAGUGGUAUGGUGAGGUCAACCGCCGAGGCUUUGUCAAGGUCACAAAGAAGCUGGAUAAGAAGGUCGGCACUCAGGCUCAGAAGCGCUAUUUGGAGACUAAGGUUGACCCUGCUCCUUUCGCUUCGAAUGCCCGUGCCAUCAAGGCCCAAGACCGUAUCAACAGCUGGAUGGCUAUAAUAACGGAUCAGUCCAAGGCCGAUGAGAAGCUUAUGGACGACGCUAGCUCAACACAUUCUUCCUUGUCUUUGAAACGGGGUGGUGCGAGACCUUUCCUCAACCUUCCCGCUACUGUCCUCAUGUCCGUGGACGAAGCCCUCCGAAGAGAUGACACUCACGUGCUGUUGGAACUCCUCGAGACCCUGAAGGCGGCUGCCGAUGACGCUGGCGAUGGGAUCUACUCGAAGGUCCUCAAGACUCUCAUUCAACGCUCAAUUCUGCAUCGCGCCCGCGCUUGUCUUACCUUGCUGCUCCAUCGAGUCGAUACACUUGACGAGGAUGACGAUAUCAAUCGGCGAAACUGCCUGCAUCGCCUGGUUAUCUCACUUGGCCGGGAUCAACCGGUCAAUGACCCAGAUUCAACAGCCUCGUUGGUGCUCGACUUCCCUUCUGAAACCUCGCGAUACAUCACUCCCGCAGCACCUCCCACUCUGCAGCCUCCGCGCUCAGUUGUCAAGGAGGAGCAUAUGCAGCAGCAGCUAGAACACAACGACCCUGUUGUUUCCCUCUUCUGUCAUCUGCUAGAUUCGAUGCGCCCAAACCAGCGCGAAGCUUUGAUGGCCAAAGAUAUAUCUGGCCGUACCCCCUUGCACUAUGCUGCGCAGUAUGGCUUCAAGGUUGUCUGUGAAGUCAUCAUCGAACGCCUGAAGGAAUGGGAGAUGUUCGAUGUGAGUGAGGGGAUCGAUGGCCCUCUAUGGCAGGAUAACGAUGGAUGGGCGCCACUCCACUUGAGUGUGGUUGGAGGCCACCCCAAGACAACUCGUUAUCUCUUGGACGCUGAACACUCCCAAAAUCGCUCCGGGGACCGACUGCGCAAAAACAUUUCCAAGUCUAGCGCCGUCCUAGUCCUUGCGACCAAGGCGAACUUUGUCGAUAUUGUGAAACUGCUCGUUGAUGCCGGUGUGGAUAUCAACUACCAGGACGAGCAGGGAGAGACUGCUUUGCACGUCGCAGCUCGCUUUGGCCGCGCUGAAUGUGCUCGCAUCCUUCUCGAGGGAUCAAGUGACCAGAAGGCGAAUACUGAGCUGGUCGAAAAGAGCGCUGGAGCCGACUUGGAACGGUUUGAUUCCUCUGGUUGGACCGCCAAGGAGCACGCCGCUCUCAGAGGCCAUAUCGACAUCGCGAGAUGUCUGGCUGCUGUUAGCCCGGGCCCUCCUCAGGAGGAAGCGGAGUCUCUGUCCUCCAUGAUGGACCGACGCUCGAAUGCACCAGGCCCUACCUCUGGGAGCCCUGCGCCACGGGUCCCUGAACUUAUCAAGACAUUCGGGCAUCGGUAUCUCACCGAUGAGUCCAUGGUUCUUAUCAGCCUGGGAACGAUGGACCCGCGCAAACCUCUCGAGACCGUAAAUCUCGAUCAGAUUCCCAUGGAAAAUGCGCACGCCACCCAACUGGACACCGCUUUAUCUUUGGUCGUCACCGCUACUGGUGCUCAUGGAGAGCCCGAGAUCAUCGAUCUGCCUGUCCAGGACAACAUCUCUACCGAGCCCAUUGUUUUCCACACCAGUGAUCCCAGUAAGGUUCGGCUGAUGUUUGAUCUUGUGCCCACCUUUUCAGGAUCGAAGGAGAAGAUUGUUGGCCGGGGUGUUGCCUUGCUCUCUAGCAUCAAGCCUCACGUGGGCUCUGAUCGUAUCAGUCUCAAGGGCGACUCCAAGGUUCCUAUCGUUGCUGCCAAUACCCUGGAAAUCAUUGGCUCCGUCACGUUCAACUUCUUGAUUAUCACUCCAUUCAAGCAUCCAAAGAUGUCAAUCACAGGAAAGCAAACCUACUGGCGAACUGUCAGCAACACCAUGGUGAUUGGCCAUCGCGGCUUGGGUAAGAACUUCAAUACUCGCAACUCCCUUCAACUGGGUGAGAAUACGGUCGAGUCCUUCAUUGCAGCUGCGAACUUGGGUGCAUCAUAUGUGGAAUUUGACGUGCAAAUGACCAAGGAUCAUGUUCCUGUUAUUUAUCACGAUUUCCUCGUCAGUGAGACGGGCAUCGAUGCUCCGGUCCACACUAUGACCCUCGACCAGUUCUUGGAGCUUGGCAAAGGCCGCCACAAGAGUGUCUUGCCGGACGGGGUGGAUGCCGAAGGCAAUGUCACUGUUGGCACUCGGCAACGAUCAAUGUCUGUCGGAGGAUCUGAAUAUGAUCCUGCCGAACUGACCGAGAAGAUCAAGCACACGCGAGACUUCAAGAAGAAGGGCUACAAGGGGAAUACCCGUGGCUCGCAUAUCCAAGCCCCCUUCGCCACGCUCGAAGAGCUGUUUAAGAAGAUUCCUACCCCAGUCGGGUUUAACAUCGAACUCAAGUACCCUAUGCUGUUCGAGACCGAAGAGGAGGAAAUGGACCCUUAUGCUAUUGAGAUGAAUUCCUACGUGGACACAAUCGUUAAGAUGGUGUAUGACCUUGGCACUGGCCGUGAUAUCAUCUUCUCCAGUUUCAACCCAGAUAUCUGUCUCCUGCUUUCCUUCAAGCAGCCCUCGAUCCCCGUCCUCUAUCUUACUGAUGCGGGCUGCUCUCCGGUCGGCGAUAUCCGUGCUAGCAGUCUUCAGGAAGCAGUUCGAUUUGCUUCUCGAUGGAACCUCCUGGGAAUUGUCAGUGAAGCAGAGCCUCUUGUUCUGUGUCCCCGCCUUGUCCGCAUUGUCAAGGAAUCCGGUCUUGUCUGUGUGUCAUACGGUACACUGAACAACGACGGUGUCAACGUCGACUACCAAGUCGCGGAAGGUAUCGAUGCUGUCAUUGUUGACUCUGUCCUGGGCAUUACGAACGGCCUCAUCCAGCGCCAAAGCAAGUCUGGGUUGACCCCUGGUCCUUCGCCCGUCUCAGGACCCGUCAGUGACCAGGGUACCGUCAAAUUGCCUCUUCUCGGCCAGAAGAAAUAA